UGCAGCCACGCUUGAAUGAACGCGCGCGCGCGCGCCCACGCCCCUCCCCCUCUUCGGGGAUCCGCCUCACGCGCGCCAUUGGCGCUGGAAGUGCCACGUGCGCCUUCCCAGCAGCUCCGCGCGCGCCGGCCUCGGGGGGCAGGUUGGGCAGGGAGCGCGCACCUGGCGGUCCGUGUCCAUCACGCGCACUUCGGAUCGCUCUGCAGAUCGCAGCCCGGACCGCGCCGCGUGAAGCACAGGGUCACGGGAUCGAGGACGAGAGGCGAUGGAGCUCGGCGGCUUCGACAUCGACGCCCCCCGCUGGGACCAGGGCACCUUCAUGGGGAGGCUCUGGCACUUCUUCAGCAUCACGGACUGCCGCACGGCGCUGCUGCCCGACGCCCGGCUGGACGAGGCCAAGGCGCUCGUGGAGAGCUGCAGGGCCGGCACUUUACCCCCAGGCACCACCAAGGAGCAGCUGUACUACGCCAAAAAGCUGUACGACUCGGCCUUCCACCCCGACACGGGCGACCGCAUGAACCUGAUCGGCAGGAUGUCCUUCCAGGUGCCGGGGGGGAUGGCCAUCACGGGCUUCAUGCUGCAGUUCUACAGGACCGUGCCGGCCGUGGUGUUCUGGCAGUGGGUGAACCAGUCCUUCAACGCCCUGGUGAACUACACCAACCGCAACGCCGCCUCGCCCAUCACGCCCAAAGAGCUCCUCCGCUAGUGGCCCGCUGGGUGCCUUUUGCCGCAGUGGCGGCGGCCAACUGCGUGAACAUUCCCAUGAUGCGGCAACAGGAGAUCCUCAACGGCAUCGCCAUCACGGAUGAAAACGGGAACAGGCUGGGACACUCUCAGAAAGCUGCCGUCAAGGGCAUCACGCAAGUGGUAAUCUCUCGCGUCACCAUGGCGGCUCCAGGAAUGAUCAUCCUGCCCAUUAUAAUGCAGAGGCUGGAGAAGUACAGGUUCAUGCAGAGAAUCACGUUCCUCCACGGGCCUUUGCAAGUGAUGAUGGUGGGAGUGUUCCUCGUGUUCAUGGUUCCCGCUGCCUGCUCCUUGUUCCCUCAGAGAUGCUCUAUGGCCGUGUCCAAGUUGGAGCCUGAACUGCGAGACGCCAUCGUUUCCCAGCAUGGAGACGCCGUCCGCUACGUGUACUUCAACAAAGGGCUUUGACUCCACCCCAGUGAUCUCCAUUCCCAGCAUGCCGUGCAGGAUAUGCCAACACCACUGCCUACAAAAUUGGCCGCCUACGUGACCAAACCUUAGCUUUCGUCGGCAGGGCUCUCUCAGUGAGGUUAAGUGUCUUAGUUGACUGUCUCUCUUUGACAAAAAAUCCAGUGGGUAAUGUUAAAAAAGAAAAAUGUAUUUCGAUCAUGUUUUUUUUUGUAUAGCUUUUUCUUUACUUUGCCACAGUUUGCUCCUUUACGGUUUGUGAACCGUUUCUCUUUGCACUUACAAGACUGCUGUGUACAAGCUGGACUGUAUUUGCCAGAAAAAUGGAAAAUACUGGAAGGUGGAGAGCAGUCGGUGUGCGGCGCUCCUGAUGGAAGCUCCUCGGACGUGCUCCCCCUAGUGGCCGUGAUGGCUGACUGUAGGCUCGAGAAAUUUUUCUUGUUUCGAAAUGUGGUAAAACAUAGUUAACCGGGGCAUAGGAACAGUUUAUACAAAUUGCUAGUAUUGAUAUUAGAUGUCGGGGUGCUGAGGAGCCGAGGAAGAGAGACCAGCCCCCCAGAAGUACACAAGGGACUCAGAUCCUCUGCAUUUGGUUGUGCUCAACAUCGGGUCCAAGUUUGGGUGAGCUUUGGUGGUUCAUGUGCCAUGAGCAUCGUUGCAUUAAAUUUACAUAGUGUGGUUAUAGCAUCGGGACCCCCGCGGUGACUUUGCCUUCCAGUGGGGCGCUCUCACCUUGGACAGCCGACAGGAGAGAGACGACUGCGGCAUCUGCCAGGACUGAUGUGCUCAUUCCUGCUGUCAUUUGGGAACAUUUAAAUGGAGAUCAUGAGGUUCUUCUACACUGUGAGCAGAGAAGUGUGACUGCGGUGCCUUUCUGGGUCUCCUGGUCAAACGAAAGACCAUCUCUGUCAAAGGAAAAGGAGGAAAAAAAAAAAAGAGCUGGAAACACAA